AUGCCACCUCUAAUUGUUGAUAUUCAUACCCAUGUCUACCCUCCUGCGUACAUGGAAAUGCUCCGUGCUCGCAAGAGCGUCCCUUAUGUCCAUGAUCCAGCUGAUGAUGCAGACCCCCGUUUGAUUAUCCUGUCAUCAGAUGACGACCCUUCCAUUCCUAUCGAUGAACGGGGUCGUCCAGUUGACUCAUCCUAUUGGAAUAUCGACGUGAAGCUGGCCUUCAUGCGUCGCCAUGGAAUCAACUGCAGCGUGAUUUCCCUCGCCAACCCCUGGCUAGAUUUUCUCGAACCUGAAGAAGCGCAAACAUGGGCGCAACGCAUCAACGACGAUCUUGAAAACACAUGCGCACGCGUUAACAAGGCCGGAGACCCAGACAAAACCCUGGCGCUACACGAGAAGGAAUCGCUAUUUGCUUUCGGCGCACUGCCGCUAAGUGCUCCUAGCGCUGAUAUUGUCGUGAACGAAAUCAAGAGACUUAAAACCUUGCCACAUCUACGUGGGGUCAUCAUGGGAACCUCAGGGUUGGGAAAAGGUCUGGACGAUACCCAGCUGGAUCCUGUCUGGGGGGCGCUGCAGGAUACCGGAUCACUUCUAUUCUUACACCCGCACUACGGACUACCCGACGAAGCUUUUGGUGGCUCAGAUGCGAUGAAUCGAUACGGCCAUGUGCUUCCGCUGGCUUUAGGGUUUCCCCUUGAAACGACAAUUGCAGUGACUCGAAUGCUCUUGGCAGGUGUCUUUGAUCGGUUUCCGCGGCUAAAGAUCUUGCUGGCCCAUUCUGGAGGCACGCUUCCAUUUCUUGCAGGACGGAUCGAAAGCUGUAUCCAUCAUGAGCGCAAGUUCAUUGCCAAUGGUGGUGAUGUGCCUGGCCCUGAAAGAAGCGUCUGGGAUGUCUUGAAGACCAAUAUAUAUCUUGAUGCUGUGGUAUAUGGCACUGCCGGCUUGCAAGCAGCAAUGACAGCAUCUGGAACAGAUCGUUUGCUUUUUGGUACCGACCACCCGUUCUUCCCUCCCUUAGCUGACAAGGAAGGGGAAUGGCCUAGUGUGACAACAAACUACAAGGCCAUUCACGCUACGUUCGAUAAAGAUGGAGAUGCAGCCGCAGCCGUGCUGGGCGGAAAUGCAGCUCGGAUUCUAGACUUGAAAUGA